AUGAGCAAUGUAGGAGGCUAUUGCCGCGAAAACCAAGACUUCAGCACCGAAGAGGGGCAUGCACGAGUCGAAGGGACUGAGGAUCCAAUCUCUUUUGUCUAUUUGGGGCAACCGUCAAAGGAUAUUCCUCGCCACGUGAUUCAUGUUACGAUGGACCCUUCCGUGCAACGAAUUGAAAACAAUGCCUUUCAAAAUUGUACAUCUCUUUGUAGCCUUGUUUUGUCAAAAACAAUAGAGAAAAUUGGCAAGUGGGCCUUUUCGGGUUGUUCAAAUUUGUCUCACAUUCAAUGGAAUGCGCAAGGCCUGCUCAAUAGUAUCGGUUCGCAAUCCUUUCAGACGUGCUCUUCACUGGUCCAGCUAGAUCUUCCACACGGUCUGGUGAGGAUUGAAAAUGAUGCCUUUUUCGGAUGUGAGUCGCUGCGUAGCGUCAAUAUUCCAAAGACUGUCGAGAGCAUUGGUACCAUGGCCUUUUGUGGAUGUUUUGAGCUCGUGGAUGUCAAUUUACAAGAAGGACUAAAGGUUAUUGGUUCCCAGGCCUUUCGAAGCUGUACGAGUCUUGUGGAUAUUAAUCUUCCCAAUGGACUGAAGUUGAUUGGUAAAAGCACCUUUUGUUGGUGUAAGUCACUUGGCUCCGUAGUGAUACCAGAAACUGUUGAGAUUAUCGAAGCGGAAGCCUUUCGAAGCUGCAGCGCCCUUGUGGAUGUAAGGUUUCCGGGAGAAUUGCGAUAUAUUGGCAAGUCCGCUUUUAAAGAUUGCAGAGCAUUGAGUGCUUUUGCCUUGCCAGUGAGUCUAGAAGAAAUCGAUUCGUUCGCCUUUUGCAGCUGUAUCAGUCUGAUCGGCGUGGGGGUGCCAAGUGGUAUGAAGGCAAAGUUUGGCAAAGGGUGUUUCAACGGUUGCAUUGCUCUAGCAACAAUCUCGAUUCCAAAAUCGUACACUGCUUUGUAUAACACUGCGUUCUCGGGAUGUUACAUCUUGGAGCGAGGGGAUGUUGAAAAGAGACUCGCUAUGGAUAGGUUUGCAGACUUGCCAGUGCACGAUGUAUGCUACAACUCGUCUCUUGCUACAGUUGAUGACUUGGCUCGAGCUUUGGAUUCUUGCAGCAGUAGUAGUAACAUCUUGGAAGACCGGUAUCUGAAAGAUGCUUUUGGUUUGACGCCGUUUCAUGUCGUGGCUACAUUGCCAAAUGAUCGAGUGGACAUGAUGGACUGCCUUCUUGACAGGUAUCCAUCCGAGUUUCUUUUAAUCCAAGAUGAAAAUGGGAUGACUAUGAUGGACUACUUAUUGAAACAAACAUCAAAUCAAGCUGUUCCUUUGACGCAGCUGUUCCUCCAAAAAGGAUUGGUGGAUCGUAUUUGGACGUUGGAAGGAAAGUGGAGAUUGGAAGUUUCCCUUCGUAUUCAGGCGAUGCAACGUGACGACGAUAACGACCAUGGCACGAUGACUACACGCCAAAGGAUAAGGGAUAUCUUGGAGUAUGUGGGUCACUGUAUGAGGAUCGAAAUGACAUCGCUUGUGGAGCUUUCACUAUGGAAGGCAAGAAUGGAUAUCGCGGGAAAUGAAGGUUCAGCGAAAGAUCACGGGCAUAGAGAUAGCUGUAGGUAUCAACGCGGAGCAGAGGUCUUGCUAGACAAUGUUGUCGGAUACUUGUGGGGUGCUAAUGAAUCGGAGGUUUGUACUGCUUUGUCAAUUUACCCAGUUUGUUCCAGUUCUGUUUUGAACAUGACUGAACAUAAUUGA